AUGGGUAACACUAAAUUCUCAUUUCCUCUCCCUUUGUCGGUAGUCACUAUCUUUAUAUUAUGUUCCUCCAUCCCUGGAAUCUCAGCCGUUCGAUACCCAAUCAACGUAUGGCCGAAGCCCACGACCUUUCUCUGGACCCACCCACAGGCAAUCCUACUCUCCCCGAACUUCACAAUCUCAAACCCUUACCACCGUUACCUAACUACCGCCGUUGACCGUUAUCUCCGUCAAGUCCUGACGGAGCACCACCAGGCCCUGAUCAAACCACCACUCAACUUGACGUCAGCACCGCCACUUCAAUUGUUGAUCAUAACCAUCACUGACCUCUCCUCGCCUUUAACUCACGGCGUAGACGAGUCCUACACCCUCACAAUCCCCUCCUCCGGGUCUACAAACGCUACACUCUCCGCCCAUACUGUAUGGGGCGCAAUGCGCGGACUGGAAACUUUUUCUCAAUUAGUGUAUUCAGAACCCUCAAUUGUCGCUUCCGGGUUGUACAUUUCCGACGUACCACUUUUUAUGCACCGCGGAAUCGUACUUGACACAUCAAGAAAUUAUUACCCAGUGGACGAUUUGUUGAGGCUUGUAAAGGCGAUGAGUAUGAAUAAAUUGAAUGUGUUUCAUUGGCAUAUAACGGAUUCGCAUUCAUUUCCACUGGUGCUUCCGUCGGAGCCGGAGCUGGCCGAAAAAGGAGCGUACGGUGAAGAAAUGAAGUACACGGCGGAGGACGUGAAUCGGGUGGUGGAGUUUGGGAUGGAAUACGGUGUUCGAAUUGUGCCUGAAAUUGACAUGCCCGCACAUACAGGAUCAUGGGCUGAAGCUUACCCCGAGAUCAUCACUUGUGCAAACAUGUUCUGGUGGCCUGCAGAAGCCGAAUGGGCUGACCGGUUUGCGUCUGAACCGGGCACCGGUCAACUGAAUCCUUUAAGCCCCAAGACCUAUGAAGUUGUCAAAAAUGUCAUCAAGGAUGUUGCUACCAUGUUUCCUGAUUCAUUCUAUCAUGCAGGAGCUGAUGAGAUCAUUCCGAAUUGCUGGAAAGUCGACCCUUCAAUUCAAACUUUCCUUUCUAAGAAUGGAACCCUUAGUCAGAUUCUUGAAAUGUUUGUUAAUUCUACCUUACCUUAUAUUACCUCCCUAAACCGGACAGUUGUUUACUGGGAGGACGUGUUAUUGGAUUCUAUUAUCAAAGUGAUCCCUUCGGUUCUUCCUCCAGCAAAUGUUAUUCUGCAAACAUGGAACAAAGGGCCAAAUAACACUAAAAGAGUUGUUGCGUCUGGUUACCGUGUCAUUGUAUCAUCCUCAGACUUCUAUUACUUGGAUUGUGGACAUGGAAGUUUCCUUGGAAAUGAUAGUCGGUAUGAUCAGCCACUGGGUACUGAUCCAGGUAAUGGCGGAUCAUGGUGUGAACCCUUCAAAACAUGGCAAACUAUCUAUAAUUACGAUAUAACAUAUGGUUUGAGUGAGACGGAGUCAAAGCUGGUAUUGGGAGGGGAGGUGGCAUUAUGGUCAGAGCAAGCUGACUCCAGUGUUAUGGAUUCACGGAUAUGGCCUAGAGCAUCAGCAAUGGGUGAGGCAUUAUGGUCCGGGAACAGAGAUGAAACCGGAAAGAAAAGAUAUGCAGAGGCUACAAAUCGGUUGAAUGAGUGGAGAUUUAGAAUGGUUACUAGGGGAAUAGGUGCUGAACCCAUUCAGCCGCUCUGGUGCAUGAAAAAUCCAGGCAUGUGUAACACAGUUCAACCUUUUGUUAGCUGA